UUGUUGCAGAAAGUGAGCGAAGACGUCAAAGAAAACAGGGACCAUGGCGCGAGGGGGUCGGAGCCUGAGGAGAGUAGCCGAGUGCAUGAAAAGGUUACCUUUGACAGCCAGUCGGGACAUACAGAUUAGGAACAACGUAAGCUGCACCUUUUUUGGGUUCGAUGUGUACACUCUCCUCGUACUCUGCUCUAAAGUCCCAAUUUCUCAACCACAACUCUCUAUAUCUGCACCCAGACACUUGCAUGGACUUGUCAGUUGGAGACACCUGUCGUCAUGUGGGAUGCCGAUGACUCGUGUUCCUCCCCGACCGGUGUUUGGGAAUGGCGUCACCUUACCCGCCCGCAGCUUCUUCAGCCUGGCCGACACCUUCUCCAAGAGGAAGGAGUACUCGGAGAGACGCAUCAUCGGGUAUUCCAUGCAGGAGAUCUAUGACGUGGUGGCCGGAGUGGAAAACUACCGCCUCUUUGUUCCCUGGUGCAAGAAGUCCGAUGUGAUCUUCAAGCGAGCCGGGUUCUGCAAGGCCAAAGUAGCCGUGGGCUUUGCACCUGUGAUGGAGAACUACACCUCUCUUAUCACUUCAGUGCGCCCCCACCUGGUCAAGGCGUCCUGCUCGGAUGGUAAACUGUUCAACCACUUGGAGACGGUUUGGCGUUUCAGCCCCGGCCUCCCGGGAUACCCUCGUACCUGCACUGUGGACUUCUCUAUCUCCUUCGAGUUCCGCUCCCUCCUCCACUCCCAGCUGGCUCACGUCUUCUUCGACGAGGUUGUGAAGCAGAUGGUUUCGGCGUUCAUGCGUCGCGCCUCCAAGCUCCACGGUAACGAGACGGCCAUCCCUCAAGAGCUCAUGUUCCACGAGGUUCACCACACGUAGCGUCGCACAAACACCGAUGAGCAAGAAAAACAGACACCAGUGUCCGAGAGAGUAGAGAGGAACUCAAAACUUUCUCACAGCAGCGACCAACUUUAUUCUCACGUUUCCAUCUCUUUAUUUUUAUAUUAUAUAUUUCUGAUGUGGAUCCACCUGCUCAUUUUCACCUUGGUGCUAAAAACACGUGCGGAUUUGUUUCCAUUUCAUUUCCAUCGCAUCCUGGUUGUGAAGCUCGAGUGUUUCUAAGGUCCAGCUGUGUCGCUCGUGAUUGGUCCUCACAUCCGUAAACAUUAGUCGAGCUGCGACCAGUGAAGUCAUUGUUUGUGUAAACAUGGCAGGAAAGUUUCCAGCCUCUGAAACACGGAGGUUUCCUGCUUUUCUCUGUUCUAUCAUAUUAAAGUGGAUAUUUGUGGGUUGGGACCGACAGAACAAGACCUUUAAACACAUUAACGUACUUUGAGAAACAGUUUUCAAUAUUUUCUGUCAUUUUAUAAACGAUAGUUAACGACACUGCUCUGACCAGCUGCUUCAGGAGGACACUUAAGAUCAAAAACAGAUUUCAGGGCGUGCAGGGACACAAACACAACAAUGCAGAGGAGGCUAAAGACGUGUCAGCUGGUGUGUGCUGAGGUUCAGCUGAAGCUCCUGGAUGCUGCAGUGCAGUGAUGAAGAUGAAAGACUCAUUGCAGGAAUGUAAGAAGCGUACGUUUCUGUGCAGAUUUAAGAUCUGCCAGUAAGAUUUUAAUCGUUUAGUUUAUGAAAUGUUAAAAAAUAGUGGGAAAAAAUGGCGUUCCUAAUAUCUCAGAGGUCACGAUAACGUUCUUAAUGAGCUUGUUCUGUCUCCUGAAGAUACCAGAGAAUAUUCGGCAUUUCUUCUCGAUGAUUUCACAAAGUUGCAGAUUCGUUUUCUGUCGAUGGACUUAUUUAAAUCCAAACACCCGUUGAAGCAGCGAAUGAGAAGAGCUCGGACAGCUUCUGAAAGGGUGACGAUGUAGACAGUUGGAGGUUACAGUUCAUUACUUACUGAUGGAUCUUGUUACAGAGGUUAGAGCGAGCGAGGGCAACUGUCCUGCCAGCUACACAGUGGUCAUAUAAGCAGCACCAACUAAGACCAGAUGGUGUUAAAGCCGUGAUGCUUUUCUGUGAAGGGCACAAAGCAACUCAAGAAAUUAAUGUUUAAACUCGAGCUAAAGUCAAAAUGACCUCAAUGUCAUGUUGCUAACGAACAAUAAAAUAUUUAACUUCCA